AUGCAUCGUGGAAAUGAUAAGCGAUCCAGGGGCUAUAUGGCCAAUCGAGGGGGAUCCUCCAACAAAAGAAAUUACAGUCAAGCAUCAUCACCUUGCGAGCAUUUUCAACGCGGAAGGUGUCGUUAUGGUAGCAAAUGCAAAUACUCUCAUCAAAUGGCCGGGGUCGCCGAGUUCCAGUCAAAAUCGGCCGUUAACCAACGAACGCCUGCCAACCCAGAGGCUCGGAAUCGAUACUUCGAUUGGAAAAGACUUCUUCGUGAGGGUCCCGUGCGAACCGGUCAUAUUCAAAGGGGAAAUGAUACUCUGGCCGAUUUCUGGAAUGGGGCUCUCAAAAUCUUGGAAAGCAGAAGUACCGAGGAUCAUCAGUUCCUCGCCAAAGAUCUUGUGAACGAUGAGUUACGAGGGUUUGCAUUUAUCCUAGCAACUGCUCAGUCGGACAUUUUACCAAAUUUCGAUCAGAUCUCGUCUCACCACGAGGCCUUUUUGAAAGUCAUUACUCAUGCUUCUCUGUUGAGCUGUCUCUCCGUUGAUACUUUUGUUGGCACUUUUUACACAUACUUCGGUGGUACCAAUGGAGAUCGAGCAAUCACAUACCUCUCAGGCAUCUCCCAGAAGUUGAUGGCUUGGCAGGACAGCACCGAGGUUACCCCAAUGGUAUCCUUGAGUAUGUUAAAUUUGAUAUUGAACGUUCUUUACCAGCUGUUGUCAAGGCUCCGUCAUUCUCGAUUCCACGCCGAACUUCCUCGGUUGCUCGACCUCACCCACGCGAUGAAAUCCAAGAUCACCGAAACAAGCUCCCAAGCCGACCUGGAUGGAAUUGAGAGCAGAACCGAAAUAUUGACAAAUCUGGUCAACAACGCGAACCGCAGUCUGUGUGCACCAAAGCCACAAGACAUUUCCCCGAAGAGUAAUCAGGUCAUGUCGUCCUUUCCAAUGGACUUGCAGAUCCCUGGUGGAAGACACGACAAUGACCUAGCCGAGAUCUCUCGAAUUCAAAUCCUUCCGACCCAUGGGGAGAUUUUGAGCGGUGAUACAGAAUACCUACCCUCUACCAACUUCCUCCAGUCCCACAUUUUGACCGAUCCAUUGCAGCGAUACAUUGAUUCAACAUUCCGGCUCUUACGCCAUGAUAUCUUUGCCUCGGCCAAAGAUGUCCUCAGAGAUCUCCUGCAACAGAAUGAUUUGACCCAAGUCCUCCACCGCUUGGGUAAGGCCAAUGGGGCGAAUUUCUACCUGGGGGCACGUGUCCGACACGUCUUUAUCAAUGAGAGAAAUGAGCUUGAAGCAACUUUAUCAUUCCAUCCACCGCCAGAAUUGCGCAAGAAAACUUCAAGCGAGCAGUGCAUAUGGUGGCAAGGCUCCAGUCGGUUAGAUCAGGGGAGCUCGGUGUGUUUCUUGCCAUCGCAAGGAACGAACAGAAGGAUCAUCUUUCUUGAGGUCACUGAAAAAAAUUGUUCGAAGAAUCGAGGGCAUCAGAACAGCAGCAGUCUGGUCUCAGAGAAGUUCGCGUCCAGUAUCACAGUGAAGCUUGCAUCGUUUCAACAAUCGGAAUUGCUGCUCCUGAGCUAUCUCUACAGCAAGAAGGUUCCUGGGAUCCUCGUCGACUUCCAUGGGAUGAUCCCUGCGACGUUCAUGCCAAUUCUGAAGAAUCUACAGCGAAUUGAACGCGAAGGAGAAUUAUCAUUUCAAAAGUGGAUCCUGCCAGGCCGGUCAAAUGACGGAGCUGGUCAUAUAAUACCCCCACCGGCGUAUGCACGCAGAAAUGGGUUUGUAUUUCCACUGACUUCCAUCACGAAGCUGGGAGUUGCGAGCGCCGCCCUGGACCCAAGAGCCCCGGAGUCUAUCGACCUCUUGAGAUUGGAAAAUCAGACUGGACUCGACUAUGGCCAGUGUCAGGCUCUUAUCGCGGCUCUCACUCGAGAAUAUGCCCUCAUCCAAGGCCCGCCAGGCACUGGAAAGUCGUACUUGGGAGUGAAGAUUGUUCAGGCGCUCCUCGAGGUCAAGCGCGAUGCAAAUCUCGGCCCGAUAAUGGUGAUCUGUUAUACCAACCAUGCCUUAGACCAGUUCCUGAAACAUCUUCUUGAUGUUGGGAUCGAGAAGAUCAUACGCAUUGGUGGUCGUAGUCAGGCUGCUGAGCUCGAAGGAAAGAACCUUCGGGUCAUUAGCAAGGACAUUGCGAAGACAAGAGUAGAAUCUCAAACACUUGGCAUGUCCUAUGGAGCUAUUGAUUCUUGCAUGAAUGCUGCUGGAAGCUGCUUGAAACCUCUCCACCAGUCCCACAAAGGUUUAUCUUGGAACGCGAUAGAGCCUAGCUUGAGACGCAGAUGGCCCGGCAUACAUCGACAGUUUGAAAAACAGGACGAAGAGGGAUUUACAACAGCCAGAACGGAUGUACUUCUUAACUGGCUCGGUUUAAAGUCAAUGAAGACACAGGAAGAUAAUCACGACGAUGGAAUUAACGAGGUGCGCUUGCAAGAACUGACACGUGCUGCAAAUAGAGAUAUUCACACUCUCACCAUGUCGGAUCGCCAAGUUCUCGCAAACAGCUGGUUCAGAGAGUGGCAGGAAGCUGGGGCUGCUUCACUUUUUGAGGCUGUUGAUCAGGCAAUGUCCCAUCGCCGAGACAUCAACGCUGUUCAUGAGGAGAUUGACCGCCGAGCUCUGGUUCAAGCAGACGUGAUAGGAAUUACUACCACCGCACUUGCACGACACGUUGAGACCCUACGGCGUAUCAACGUCAGGGCCAUGAUAUGCGAGGAGGCCGCCGAGGUGAUGGAAGCCCACAUUAUCUCGGCUUUAAUGCCUGGUGUUGAACACUUCAUCCAGAUUGGGGAUCAUAGACAACUGCGGCCGCAGAUUCAAAACCACUCGCUCAGUAUUGAAUCGUCCUCAGGGAAAAAAUGGCAGCUAGACCGAAGUCAGUUUGAACGGCGCGCUGUUGGCGAGCCAGGUCUAAGCCCAGUCCCCGUUGCACAACUCAACAUACAGCGAAGAAUGAGGCCAGAGAUUUCGCAGCUUAUUCGCAGUGUCUACCCACGCCUCGAAGAUCAUGAAUGUGUAAUGACCCUGCCGAAGGUUGUGGGAAUGCGUGACAAUCUCUUUUGGCUCGAUCAUCGCCACGACGAAGACUCGAGAGAUAACGGCAGCCGUGUUAAGUCUCAUGGCAACCAAUGGGAGGUCGAUAUGGCAACCGCCAUGGUUCGGCAUCUCGUUAGACAAGGAGAGUAUACGAGUACAGACAUUGCUCUGUUAACCCCAUACACGGGACAGUUACGAAAGCUCAGAGCAUCGCUCAGCAAUGACUUCGAGGUCUGUCUAAGCGAGCGGGACUUGGAGACAUUGGCUGCGGAUGGGAUAGAGAACCAUGGCACUGGGAUUGUCGAAUCGAAGAACCCGGAAUCGAUCGAGAAAAAGACGCUUCUUCAAACGCUCCGUCUUGCCACAGUAGACAACUUCCAAGGCGAGGAGGCAAAGGUUAUCAUUGUCUCUCUUGUUCGCAGUAACUCACAACACAAAGUCGGCUUCCUUCGCACUCAAAAUCGCAUCAACGUACUCCUGAGCCGAGCCCAGCACGGCAUGUACAUUAUUGGGAACUCCGCAACAUACCUCAAUGUUAAAAUGUGGGCGGAUGUCCACUCUCAACUUGCCCGCGCAAGUGCUGUGGGCACGGAGCUGGCUCUCUGCUGUCCUCGUCAUCCUGAAACUCCCAUCUUUUGCUCCGAACCCCAUGACUUUGAGCGAAAAAGUCCUGCAGGGGGGUGCAGUCUCCCAUGUGCCCGUCGCCUCGAGCCAUGUGGGCACCAGUGCCAAGCUAUGUGCCACUCGGCGCUCAUGCAUGAUGGAUUCUCAUCAUUUGCAAUCAUCGAUGUCCUAAGACGUGUCAUGAUGGGGAGAAGUGCCGUCCUUGUGAUGCUAAAUGCGAGGUUCAAUGCUCACAUUCUACAUGUGAUUCCACUUGCGGGACGGCAUGUGCGCCAUGCAUUGAGAGGUGCACCUGGUCCUGCAUUCACCAAGGCUCAUGCUCGAUGCCUUGCGCUGCGCCGUGCAAUCGACUCCCGUGUGAUGAGCGAUGCACUGAGGCUCUCAGUUGCGGUCAUCAAUGCCCCAGGAGAUGCCCGUGUUAAUUUCCUCGAGUGGAAGACAUACUCUGAGAUCAACCUCGAUGAGACUCCCAUCAUCGUGCUCGGAUGCGGCCAUUUCUUCACAAGUGAAUCGGUUGAUGGAUUUAUUGGUAUGGACAAAGCUUACACGAGAGACAAACAUGGCACUUUCGACGGUCUCCAAGCCUCUUCUUCUUUCGCGAGUGCCGUCCCAUCGUGUCCGGACUGCAAAAAGUCCAUUCGACAAUUCGUGACCAAACGUUACAAUCGUGUUAUCAACCGUGCUGUCAUGGACGAAAUUUCCAAGCGGUUCCACUCUAAGGGCAUUGCUGAGCUCCAAGGACUGGAAUCGCGCCUCAAUGACAUUGAAGAGGGGCUGGAUUUGAAGCGGACACAAUUCUUCACGUCGAGCCCUCAUUUAGAGCUCAGAUUUCGAUAUGCGGAUUGUCAGCGUCUAGGGGCGGAGGCUUCAACUCUCAGCAAAACUAUGAGAGCCGAGAAUCAGCCAAUCAGACGACUUAUGGAUGCAAUUUCCAUUUAUAAAAAAAGAUCAAAAGGCGAUAUAUCCGUUCUUUCGGCGCGCAUGGAAGGGAUGACCAUCGCCUCCCACGAUCCCGAUAAUCAAAUUACCACCAGCGCUCGACUCAUUCAGAUCAAGAUCCAGGAGCUGGAGUUGAGCGAUACGAUGAAGUUGAUAGGCUCGCGCAAGGGUUCCACCAUGGAUCCAGUGCUCGAAGUCCCGGGGCUAUCAUUGAGAUUAGCUCAACUGCUGGAAGAGUGCCGAGAUUUGAUCACUCAAGCCCAUCAAGCAAGUCUCUUACGCAUCGCUAUCACAGGCACUAUUUCGUUCGCCAAGAUAUCUCAGCUAAAUUGGUAUCAUUCUCGAAUUUAUCCGACUGGAAGUGGGGAUUCAGAAAAAGUACCUUGCCUCGAAAAGCCCGUGAAUUAUCUUGAAAAUGCUCGCGGUUUACUUUCCACCGCAUUGAAUCUCUGCGACGAGAUCGGAAAUUGCCCCGAGCUUCGAGAACAAGUCCAGGAGAUGGUUCGUCUCUAUGAGGGACCACGGUAUGAGACGGUAACUUUAGAGGAAGUUCAAGCGAUCAAAACGGCCAUGGUCGGCGGACGAGGCGGAAUGGCAACGAACUCUGGGCAUUGGUACAAUUGCGCCAAUGGGCAUCCAUUUGCCAUUGGGGAGUGUGGUAUGCCAAUGGAGCAAGCCCGGUGUCCCGAGUGUGGAUCACCGAUUGGUGGGCACAAUCACAUGGCGGUUGAAGGCGUCAGUCGAGCAACGGAGAUGGAGUAA